AUGGAUCUGCUGGAGUUCAUGGAGGUGGAGGCGAGCGACAAGGCCACCUCGGCCUCCUCCUCCGCAGGGACACCUGCCAGUGCUGCCGCCGACUCAACUGGCCUGGGUCCUGGUCGCCCGCGAAAGCGACGACAUGGCGGCGCGUUAGGACCCGAGGGCGGCCCGCCGAGGCUGGUCGACUACCCGGACAGUGAGGGCGCCGACGAGGCGGACCUCGACGGCCGCGACAGCGAAGCGACAGAGCUGCCGGACGAGGCUGCGAGAGAAGAUGAAGAGGAAGGUGGUGAUGAUGGUGGUGAUGAUGGUGCCAAGGAAAGCGAUACGCGAGCGCAAGAAGGCGAUGAGGAUUCCGAGAUGACACAGAGCAUGGAGAUGGAGGAGAUGCACGCACGCGUCAAGAAAAAGAAAAGAAAAGGGGGAAAAGAAGAACGAAGCGAGGAGCGAAAGAACGAACGAGACGAGCGGGCGGGCGAGGAGCCGGGACGGGAGACGGCAGCAAACAAGCACGAACAAGGCGAGGCCGUCGCGGCUGGUGCUGGUGGCGAGCUGGAACGGCGGGCCAAGGGGGAUAAGGCGAAGCGAAGGCUGCCCGACUGGAUGGUUCUCACGCCCAAGCAGCUUCAGCAGGCGCAGGCCGAGAAGGAGCGGGAGAUGAGAGAAAGCAAGGCUGUGCUCCGCGAGCAGGCCCUGCGCUUCUUCGAAAUCAUGCAGUGCAGCAACAGCAGCACUACGUCCGAGUCCAGCGGCUCCAUUGUUGACGACGGCGAGUCGGCCGAGCAGCUGGCGGCCGUAGCGCCGGUGACGCUCGAGACGAAGGUGUUGGUGAGUGACACCGUGCGCUACACCGACGUGCUCCUACCCAUCGAGGAGGGCCGGGUCGUCAUCUUCGACCUGGAGACAUCGGGCUUUGGCGCUGAUGACAGGUAA